AUGCCAGCGUUUGUUUGUUCAUGGUUGCCCGGUCUGUCUCUCUUCUCUUAUAUUCCAGUGUUGUGUUACUGUGUAGUGGUGUAGUGUAGUGUAGUGUUGCCAAAUGCAAUUCGAAGACGGAGAUGGCAUCUGCGAGCAAUCAUUUUAGUCAUAAUCACCGUCUCUCUCUUCAUUCCCAAAUCCCCCCUAAUUCCAUAAACCCCAACCCUAACCCCAUUGAGGACAAAAACCCUAACCCUAACUCCUCUCUUCGACUUCGCGUUGUUGAUUCUUCAUCAGAUAUGGCCGAGCCCAGCAACAAUAACAAUAACAAUAACAUUGCGUCUUCCUCUUCUGCUGCUACGCCUAUGGAAAUAGCCAUCGAUGGAUCCGACUCCGACGACUCCGACUCCGACUCAGCCUUGUCCAGGUCCCAGUUCCUCACUCGCCCUGAGGUCCUCAAGCGCCGCUCACGCCGCCUCAAGCAACUAUCCAAGAUCUACAGAGACCAUUACUGGUCUCUCAUGGAGGACCUCAAGCUCAAGUACAGAGACUACUACUGGGACUACGGCAAGAGCCCCUUCCUUGAGGACGAGGACAUUCUUCACAGUCUCAAUCGCAAUCACAGUAACAACUACGGAACCACCAUCAUCCCAGAUGACAUUCAACAUCCACUUAACAAUGGUAAAUUAGGGCUAGGGUUAGGGUUAGGGUUAGGGUUGGGCUCCAAUGGGAAUGCAAAUCGGUGCGAGGUACAUGGUUGCAAGAUGAAGGCGAUGGCCCUCACCAGGUUUUGUCAUUCACAUAUACUGUCCGAUGCCAAGCAGGAGCUCUACAAGGGCUGCACCUACGUAACCAAGAGUAAUCUGCUGUACAGUUCACCGACUGGACCGCCUACUCUUUGUAUGAAACCAAUAUUAAGAUCCACUGUUCCUUCUCUCUGCCCGCUUCAUUUACAAAAGGCUGAAAAACAUGUUACAAGGGCUUUGAGGAAGGCUGGUCUUAAUGUCACUUCUACAAGCAAGCUUGCUCCCAAGUUCCAUGUCGUAGUUGCAGAAUAUGUCCGACAAAUCCAAUCCAAAAGGAAAGCGGCACAGAAGACACUUGUUGGUACAGUUGAAAGCAAAGUGGGCAACACUGUUUAAGGCUUUGGGCACUUUGGUAGAGAUUGUUUUGUAUAGUAUUCAUGAAGCGGAUGGAACAGACAUCAGCAAGAAUGAGAUUGGGAUGGAACAUGGACUUUUGCCUGGAAAGGAAAAUAAACUUUUUGCCUAUUGAAGGUGGUGGAAGCAAGGGCAAAGAUUGUUCUGUCAACUCGUGGGUUAUUUCUUGUUCAAAAAAAGCGUGUAUUUAAGCGAUCCGUAGCUUUGUGGUGGGAAAUAAGCCUAAGGCGCAUGAAAAAGUCAUUUUACAUGUACAAACCCUUGAGAUGGAAGGAAGUUGAAAUUUUUGUGCUACUGAUGACUCUGAUUAAAGCAUCAUAUCCAUAUAUGCCUUUAAAAUUA